AUAGUUCUUUAAAUACAAGAAUGAUAAUUUUAAGAAUUUGGGUUACGUUUUUGUAGUUGUUAUUUGUUUUCUGGCAUCACCAACAAGAAGAGGUUGAAAAACAUUUUCGUAUUAUUCUGAUUCCCUUAUUAAAAUACAAAUUUAAUUAUUUACCAUGGACGCAGUAGACACGUAUGACUUAGAUGCUUCUCUUAAAAAUAUAUUGGAUCAGAAAACUUUAAAAUGGGUUUUCGUUGGCGGUAAAGGAGGCGUCGGAAAAACUACUUGUAGUUCCUGUUUAGCAGUACAACUAGCCAAGGUACGUGACAGUGUAUUAAUCAUUUCCACUGACCCAGCUCACAAUAUAUCCGACGCUUUUGACCAGAAAUUUUCAAAGGUUCCAACACUUGUUAGAGGCUUUUCCAAUUUAUAUGCGAUGGAAAUUGAUCCAAAUCUCGGAGCGACACAAUUGCCAGAAGAAUUUUUCUCAGAAUCCGAUCCGAUGAGAUUAGGCAAAAACUUUCAAGAAUUAUUGAAUGCUUUUCCCGGGAUAGAUGAGGCUGUUAGUUACGCCGAAGUUAUGAAACUUGUUAAGAGUAUGAAUUUCUCUGUAGUUGUAUUUGAUACUGCUCCCACAGGCCAUACUUUGAGAUUGCUCUCUUUUCCUCAAGUCGUGGAGAAAGGGUUAGGAAAGCUUCUCAAACUGAAAGUCCAACUAAGCCCAUUUGUCUCACAAAUCGUUUCUCUUCUUGGUAUACAAGAUUUUACAGCCGACAUCUUGGGCUCUAAGAUUGAAGAAAUAUUACCCAUAAUUAGACAAGUUAACGAACAAUUUCGGAAUCCCGAUCAGACUACGUUCGUAUGUGUUUGCAUCGCUGAAUUCCUCUCACUUUAUGAAACUGAAAGGCUAGUUCAAGAACUCACCAAAUGUGGCAUAGAUACCCACAAUGUUGUUGUAAAUCAAUUGCUAUUUCCCAACACAUCCGAAAAACCCUGCAGCAUGUGCUCAGCCCGAUUCAAGCUGCAAGAAAAAUAUUUAGACAGAAUUUUGGAUUUGUAUGAAGAUUUUCAUGUCACAAGACUGCCGCUUUUGGAACAUGAGGUUCGUGGAGUGAGUCAGAUUGUUUCAUUCUCCGAAAGGCUUGUCGUACCCUUUGAUGCACAAGUUAAACAAUCAUAAUUGCAUUUUAUGCAGCAAAGUUUUGUGGAACAUUAAUCUUUCCAUGAUUUGUAUUCUGAUAAAGUUGUUUUUGUUUCAUCACUAUGACUGUGUUAUAUUUGAAGAAACUUAUAGAAGUUCUUUUGUCAGCAGAAUGCUUAGGUUUUUUUAAACUCAUGCAAAAGUUCAUUUUAGUUUCAAUGCAAAACAUAUGUAAAAUGUUGUAUUUUGUAUAACAAAAAAAGUAAGAGUUAAUAAAGAUUUUCUAGCAAAAA